AUGGCUGCUACUUCUAUGUCCUCUCCUUUUUGCAGUUGGUUUCUUGCUGCUUCUAUGUCUCUGGCUUGUGAGAGAGAUCAGCCUUUAAGAUCCCCUAUGUCUCAGUCUCCAAAAAGAAUUAACCUAAGGACCAGACCAAAGAAGUUGGUGUCCAAAUGUAGCAACAAAAUUGGUGGUGCUGGCCAGCAUUCAAGUAACUCAGUCUCAUCAUUCUAUGGUUUUGUUAUCCGAAGAUCAAUGAGUUCUUUUGAAUCUUUUAAGACCUUUGAGGAGCUUCACAGUUCACAAAGGUUGUCUUUUGGUGGUGAGAAUAUUUUCUCGCUUUUUGGAUCAAAAGCAGCUCCAUUAAUGAAUCGAAAGCCAAGGCAUAAGAAUGGAUUCAGUAUGGCUGUGGCUGUUCAACCUGAAAGCGAUGUAAUAAUGAAGAAAAGGCCUAAUAAAGAGCAACGACGAGUUAUUGUAACUGGAAUGGGAGUUGUAACCUCUAUUGGUGAUGAUGUAGAUGUAUACUACAGUAAUCUUCUCGAUGGUGUUAGCGGGAUAAGUAAAAUUGAGUCCUUUGACUGUGCUGAAUAUCCAACGAAAAUUGCUGGAGAAAUCAAGUCUUUCUCACCAGAUGGAUGGGUCUCGCCAAAGCUUUCGAGAAGGGCAGAUAAGUUUAUGCUUUACGCUCUUACUGCUGGCAAGAAGGCCUUGGUAGAUGGUGGGGUAACAGAACAAGUCAUGGACGAGUUGGAUAAAACUAAAUGUGGGGUCGUAAUUGGCUCUUCAAUGGGAGGCCUAAGGAUACUUGAAAUGAUGUCAAAAACUGAAAUGAAUGUCGUGGCUCUUGGACAGGUUCAUUAUGAAGGAGUAGAAGCAUUAAGAGUUUCAUAUAAGAAGAUGAAUCCAUUUUGUAUACCUUUUUCAACGUCUAACAUCGGUUCUGCUAUGCUAGCACUGGAUUUGGGAUGGAUGGGCCCCAGCUACUCAAUAUCCUCUGCUUGUGCAACUAGCAACGUUUGUAUACAUAGUUCUGCGAAUCAUAUCAUCAAAGCUGAAACUGACUUGAUGCUUUGUGGGGGCUCUGAAGCAACAAUUCUUCCAAUAGGAUUGGGAGGUUUAAUGGCUUGCAAAGCACUUUCACGAAGGAACGAUGAUCCAACCAAAGCUUCGCGCCCUUGGGACACUGAUCGUGAUGGAUUUGUUCUGGGAGAAGGAGCUGGUGUUUUGCUGCUAGAAGAACUGGAGCAUGCUAAGAAAAGAGGAGCAAAAAUCUAUGCGGAGUUCCUUGGUGGAAGCUUCACUUGUGAUGCUUAUAGCAUAACUGAAAGUCAUCCUGAUGGAAAGGGUAUUGCUCUCUGCAUAGAAAAGGCCUUAGCUCUAUCUGGUGUAGCUAGAGAAGAUGUAAAUUACAUAAACGCACAUGCAACAUCUACACCAAUUGGUGAUCUGACAGAAUAUCAAGCUCUAGUUCGUUGUUUCGGCAGGAAUCCUGAGUUAAGAGUGAAUUCUACCAAAUCCAUGAUUGGUAACCUACAAGGAGCUUCAGGUGCUGUAGAAGCUGUGGCAACAGUUAAGGCAAUACAAACGGGAUGGCUCCAUCCCAACAUCAAUCUUGAAAAUCCUGACAAAGCUGUGGACAUGAAUUUGCUCAUUGGUGCCGAAAAGGAACGCAUGGACAUAAAGGUGGCAUUGUCCAACUCAUUCGGCUUUGGCGGACACAACGCUUCCAUCUUAUUUGCACCUUACAAGUUAUAA